AUGGGGGCUGUAGUCCGCUCCCUGGCGGGGGCAGGAGGGGCGGCCGAGGGGCUGGUGCGUCCUCGGGGUGACCUUCUGCCUGAUCCCCACAGCUACCACCUGGUUGGGAUCAGCUUCUUUAUCCUCGGGCUGGGCACGCUCCUUCCCUGGAACUUCUUCAUCACGGCCAUCCCGUACUUCCAGGGGCGGCUGGCGGGGGCCAACGGCACCACCGGGACCUUGAGCACCAACCACAAUGGCCCUGCAGACGCCUUCAACUUCAACAACUGGGUGACACUGCUGUCCCAGCUGCCCCUGCUGCUCUUCACACUUCUCAACUCCUUCCUGUACCAGUGCAUCCCAGAGAAGGUGCGGAUCCUGGGCAGCCUGCUGGUCAUCCUGCUCCUCUUCGUCCUGACGGCGGCAUUGGUCAAGGUGGACGUGAGCCCUGGCCCCUUCUUCUCCAUCACCAUGGCCUCUGUCUGGUUCAUCAACUCCUUCUGUGCAGUUCUGCAGGGCAGCCUCUUUGGGCAGCUGGGCACCAUGCCUUCCACCUACAGCACCCUCUUCCUCAGUGGCCAGGGCCUGGCUGGGAUCUUCGCUGCCCUUGCCAUGGUCAUGUCUAUGGCCAGUGGUGUGGAUGCCCAGGCCUCCGCGCUGGGCUACUUCAUCACGCCCUGCGUGGGCAUCCUCGCAUCCAUCGUGUGUUACCUGAGCCUGCCCCACCUGGAGUUUGCCCGCUACCACCUGGCCAAGAAAUCAUCACUGGCACAAGGUCCGGAGCUGGAGACCAAAGCUGAGCUCCUCCCACCUGAUGAGAAGAAUGGGACUCCCAGCAGCCCUCAGAAGGCAGCCCUGAUUCUGGACCUUGACCCCGUGAAGGAGCCGAAGCUACAUCCUGAGGAGCUCCAGAAGCCAGGAAAGCCUUUGGUUGUCAUCGUCUUCCGAAAGAUCUGGCUGACGGCGCUGUGCCUUGUGUUGGUCUUCACAGUCACCCUGUCCGUCUUCCCCGCCAUCACAGCCAUGGUGACCAGCUCCACCAGUCCUGGGAAGUGGAGUCAGUUCUUCAACCCCAUCUGCUGCUUCCUUCUCUUCAACGUCAUGGACUGGCUGGGACGGAGCCUGACCUCCUACUUCCUGUGGCCCGACCAGGACAGCCGGCUGCUGCCCCUGCUGGUCUGCCUGCGGGUCCUGUUCAUUCCGCUCUUCAUGCUGUGCCACGUGCCCGAGAGGUCUCGGCUGCCGGUCCUCUUCCCGCAGGACGCCUACUUCAUUACCUUCAUGCUGCUCUUCGCUGUUUCCAACGGUUACCUGGUGUCCCUCACCAUGUGCCUGGCGCCCAGGCAGGUGCUGCCCCACGAGAGGGAGGUGGCCGGCGCCCUCAUGACGUUCUUCCUGGCCCUGGGGCUGUCCUGCGGGGCCUCCCUCUCCUUCCUCCUGAAGGCGCUGCUCUGAAGGCUCUAUCCAGGGCUCUCCCAACAGCUCUCUUCUCACUGCCCUGCCGGAGCCAGAGCCGGAGCCGGGGCCGAGGCCCAGCGCAGAGGAAAGGCGAGCCGAGCUCUAGCCUCUGCUGGGCCCAGC